AUGAACACCCUCAAACACUACAGCUCGUACCUGAGCGUUCGGAACAAAUUCAAGAGCACGGAAAAGCGUAUACGUCCCAAACACUCGUUCGCCUCGUUCCUCACCGCCGACCGAUCUGCCACAGCCAGCCACAGCAGCAGCAGUGGAGCCUCGUUUAGCAACCUCUCCCCCGCUGACACGUCUACUUCCUCCAACAACGGAAGCACCACAGCGUUCGACACCUAUCCCGAGGACGAGGCUACAUCGGAGCAGCCAGCAUAUAGCCCACCGCACUCGACGUCAGACUACCGAUGGCGCUUUCAGGCGGACAGCAAGGUGUGGUGGAGGAACGUCGAUUCGAUGGCUAAUUUUAUCUUGCAUUGGCAGACGCGGUUCUAUCAGCAUGGUGAUAUGUUUUUCAGCUGUACGCUGAAUGUCGCUCCAUCAUCGUCGUCGGGGGAUCGAGCGGUGGCGUGUGAGCUGUCCAAGGCCGAGUUAAGGGAGGCGGUGCGAAGGCUGCGGUAUGACCAUCCGACUGUCGCACUGCGGUUGGCGAAGCGGGGAUUGCUGGGGAUUGAACAGCUGCAGAACAUCCCGCCGCUCAUCGCGCAGCAUGUGGAUCUGCAGAUUGCGCUGGUCUACGACCUCGUCGAGUCCGAGAGCGAUGUGGAAGCGUGGCUGGACGAGGUAAUCAUCUACCAUGAUAGUGAGGAGCGGUUCGAGAACGGCGCAGCAUUCCGGUCGUUCAUCGCCGCCGCGACCGCCGACGGCGUACCUGGUCGCGACCGGUUGCGCGUCCACUACUGGCCCGCUUCCGCCACUCAAGACGCCAGAGUGGCGAUUGAACAAUCGCACUCCGUCAGCGAGGGGAUCGGUACAUUGUACGUUUUCGACCUGCUGCUCUCCUCGAUCGCCUCGGUGCUCGCCUCACCCCACCCGCGCACCUGCGCCUGGGGCUCCGAAGUGACGCGUCUCGAGCCUGCGGUGCAGGACGCCAUCGCCAAUCCACCCGAAGACUGGACCGUGUCACCCGUGGAACGUAGACAGGUGGAAAAGCAAAACGCAGAUCGGAUGAACGGCAAAGCGACGCCACCGACGUUGGUGGACAAAGUCGGGGGAAAGGUGAUCGCGAUGACGCUCAAGGGCGAGAACAGCAGCAGCAGUGUGCGAAGGAAGGUGGUGAACAAGCCACUGGUGGACAUGUGUCGCAGUGUAGCGGGCAAGGGGGACAUGUUCCCGCUGGGACUGCUGCCCCAGACGGGUCGACCGUUUGAGGGUGCAAUUACACAUACGGACCUCAUUUCCGACACGCUGAACCCGGACCAGACGCGCGCAUUGCUCAAAGUAUUGAAGCGGAAAGGUAUAACGAUGGCGCCGUUCAUGGAGGCUUGCGCUAACAUGGCGACCAUGUGGGUGCGCAAGCAUCGCGGGCUUGCGCCUUCCGGUCGCAAGUUCGGCGGGUGGGACGACCCAAGCCGCAUCCUGGGAAGCUUCAGCAACGCCAUCAGUAAGAGAAACACCCUGCAGCCCCAGUAUGCGCAGUACCUCGGCCUCUGUAUGUCUGGCUUCCCCACAAAGAUCGCCGCCGCCUCCGCGACCUGGUCUGCGCACGCUGAGUCCAACACAACCGCGUCCCCCACCGACCCGCUCGACCCACUCCCCUGCAUCACGCCACCCGAACUCGACCGCCUUUUCGGCAUCGCCUCGGACCUCGCCGCCCAGUACACCGCCGCACGCCACAACCCCAACUGGCUCCGCUACGACCAGGCACUCAUGUUUAACACCAUGACCACUGAGUACCUCUUCCUGCGCGAUUCCGCCAAUUACCCCUCCAUGCCCUGGCUUUCCUCCAUCGGUCGCGUCGAAUCCUCCUUCCGCGACAGCCACCCGCUCCCCGCCCCCGCAGAACAAGGCGCAUCCCUCCAGAUCCAUGACCUCAACCUCGUCGGCCGCGUAGCCAUCCGCCAACCCAUCCUGCACAUCUACACCUUCCGCAUGCACACCUCCAUACAGCUCUCCUUCGCCGACUGGCUCUACAACCCCUCCGACUCCGACGCCCGCAAAUCUUUCCACAACAGCAAAGACGACGCUCAAGAGUCGCGCCAGAACAUUCUCCACUUCUGGCUGCAGGUAUUCAGAUCGCUCGUCGACGCUGUGCUUCUGCAAGAAGCCGAUUGUUAG